AUGCAGCUUACAGCCCGUUCCGGGGCCUCUCUCAAUCUUUCAGGGGGCCCCUGUGCAUCCCCUCCGUCUAUCCGUGAUCAGAUCAAAGCAGCUACAGCGCUUCAUGCACGUGCGCAUGGGCCACAGCUACUCAGUAAAGUGAAGAGCUCCUUGCUGCUCGCCAAGAUGCUGCUGCAGCAGCCAUUGCUCCUUUGGGCAGCGUUAGGGUUGGCGCUGUUCACUGAGCCCUCAACGUCGUUGACUGACCCUGGGGGACCACUGCACGGACAAUUUCGCGGCCUUCUGCAAGAGCAGCUUGGCCGCCCAUCUUUUCUUUUUCUUUCUAAGCAAGAUAAACAAGAACCGGCAAACUCAGCAGCACUGAAUGGCACCCCCGUGGAUCCCUUCUCUGCCGCUCAGAUGCUAACGGAAGAAAGCUACAAGAACAAAUUAACUGCAACAGUACACGUCUUCCAUGCAAGCCCCGACGAGCACAGCCAGAAGAAUAUGGAUGUAGAAGAUGCAAGGGGGCCGUCAGCCACUCCUAUCUCAACCCAACCCUCAACAGGAGGCUCCUGGAUUCAAGUUGGGCCUAAAGGGAUUCCUGGAGAUCCCAACAAGGUGGCCGAGAAAGGCCCUUCCAGUGGGGAGGCCAAGGGCGCCGGGGCUCUUGAGCACUCCAUCAAGGACGGAGCUCAUGGGAGUCUUUCUGAAAAGGACGACGAGGUGCUGUUGGCUGUACCCGCUCACUACUCAUCUCCGGGUGUGAAGCCUCAUUUGCCCUUUUUACCGGAAUUUCUUACAAACAAUUUGAAGAAAGAAGAAAAAAGCUCAGCUACUGCUACUGCUACCGCAGCAAGUGGCCAGAAGCACAAGCAGCAGCCAGUGGCAGCUUCUGCUGCAUCUUUGGUUGAGGCUUCAUCCAGUGCAGAGGGGGAGGGGCUCAAAGAGAAGCAGAAUGCAGAUGAGAAAAAAGGAGCUAAGGAAGAAAACACGCAUGCAGAAGAAGACACGAAUGAAAACACGCGAACAACAGGGCUAAGCGAAACAGAAGCAAAACAUGGAGGAGAGGAGGAAGCUGCCGAAAAGACGAAAACAGAACAACAUGAGCAGGAAAUCAAGGAAUCAGAAGCAAGUGCAGCAGCACCCAGCGAGACGGAAGGCACUGCAGCACCAACAGAGCACAAGGGCAAGCCCCCCAGAGAGCACGAGGGGGGUGCUCCAACAAAGCAAGAGGGCGAAGCCGCAACAGAGCACGAGGAAAGCGCUACGACAAAGCACGAGGAGCCUCCCUCCCAUCCCAAACUCACUGGAGCACCUGCUGAGGCGGGAGCUCAUGCAGAGGCAGGAAAGGCUCCCAAGGAAGAAACUGUAGAGAAAAUGGCAGCGGAAGCAGAGGAGCCAGAAGAGGAGGAGGAGGAAGUUGAGGCAGCAACAAAGCAAGCGAAAGAAAUAACACAUCUUAAACAAGCACCCGAAAAGAAAGAAACAGAAACAGAGGAGAAGACCGAGAAGGAAAAGCCACCACACAAAGCUGCUGCUGCUGCAGCUCCUCCUGCAGCAAAAGAGGAAGCGCCUAAAGAGAAAGAGACAGAAAAAAAGGCGGUACCUAAAACAGAAGAAGAAAAGGAGAAAGAGCGAGAACGGCACGCGAAAGAGCUGGCAGAAAAGGCCACAAAAUUAGCCAACAUACAGCGCAUGGAGCAAGACGCUUUGCUCAAGCUGCACAUGCUGGGUGAGGGGGGUCCCCGAGCGAACGUCAUUACCCCUUCUGGUGCCUCUGCUAUGAGCAUUGAGGACGCUGAGCAGCAGCAGCAGCUGGCAGCUGCAGCAGCAACAGCGCAGCAGCUAACUGCCCGUUUAAGAGUUCAAAAUGAAUUGAAAGAAAGAGAGAUCAAAAUAAAACAAAAAGAAAUAGCACACCUUAAUCUGCUGAAGCACGUGCAGGUGCUCAUGCAGUCAGCAGUGUCCAGCAUAUGGAAUAAGCUUACAAACGUCCAGAAGACCCUGAAGCGGCUUGCAGAAGCGAGUGAGAAAGUAAACAAGCAAUUUAUGAGGGAGACGAACAACAGAGUGUUGAGACCACAGGAGCUCCCCAGAGCGAUUACGACAGAAGAGCAAAGAAAAAAGCAACUACUCAUCAGCAAGCAAACUGGAGUUCCCCCGCUAGACUGUCCCGUCGAAUGCGACCCAACUACCUGCGACAACAAGCCAACUUUUGCUACGCACUGUUUUAGAUACGAUUUGGUUGCGGGUGGCGGUGGCUUUCGUAAUUGUGUGCCUUUUACAGAUGAGGCAACGGCAGCGUGCCCAGAGUCCUACACCCGUUGUGCCAUGGCGGCACCUGUUCGCGGACGACGGUAUGAACUUUUGGCAUCCCCGGCCAACAAUCCCAUGCCUCAGGCUCUUUUUAUCCGGGGCAACAACAUGCACAGCUGUUUGCGGCUAAUGGCCGUGCACAAAAAAACUCAAUGCGCGCCUACUGGCACCGAGUCUGUUCUGGCCACUGUAGAAGACACUCAAAACGUAAAGAAGAUGCCUCCACCUCGUGUGCUUGAGCACGGUGCCAUCUUCGAGAAUGUACAGAUCGCUUCACCAGGAGAGUACAAGCUGUGCAUGCUGCAGUUUUACAUCCCUCCAACGAAAAAGGAAGAAGAAACGAAAGAGAAGGAGGUGAAAAAACCAGACAAUGUGGUUGUCCUAGGGAUAGAUGAAAUAGGGUCCGUGACUGUAGUUGAGCCAAAAGCGAGACAGAGACACGAGGGCCCCGUAGCACAAGCAGCAGCAGCAGCAGCAGAAUCCAAGCAAGCAGAAAAACAGGCUGAGACAGAGCCGCCGCAGAAGCAACAGCAGACGCAUGAAGCAGCUAUCACGCCUGCUGAGGAAGAAGAAGAAACAAGAAACACAAUAAUCAAAGGCAUGGGAAAGGAGAAAGAAGGGAAAGAGGCAAUAAAACAAACUGAUUCUGGAGUGAAAAGGAAAACGGAAAAGCAGGCAGAAAUAAAGCCUCACGCUGAAACGCAUGCAGUGACUGAAGAAAGCACAAAACAGGUAGAAGAAGAGUCAAAAACAAAAUUGGUGGAGAAAGAGGAGGCAAAACCAAAGGAAACGGAGGGAGGGGAGGCAAAACAAAAGGAAACAGAGAAAGAGGAAGCAAAACCAAAGGAAACGGGAAAAGCGGAAGAGGCCAAAAUAAAGCCACAAAAAAUAGGGGAGGCAAAAUCAAAGGAGACGGAGAAACAAGGAGAAACAAAGGAAAAGCCAGCAGAAAAAGGAAAGGAGAUGAAACCAGAAGGGGCGGAAAAAGAAGAAGAGGAGAAAACAAAGGAUACAGAGACGGAAGACGAAGAGGAAGAGAUGAAAACAAAAGAAGCCGAGAAGGGGAAAGAGAGAGAAGAGUCCCGUGCAGAUAAGCAUGCAGAAGGAAAAUCCCUGGAGUGA